CAUUAGUAUUAUCUUUUCUCUCUCAUGUCAACCACAGCUCUUCCACCAUCCACCACCGUCAUCACCACCACCACCGCUGGUGUAGGUCUCGGCUACGGCAUCGCGAUUGCCGUAAGCAUCCUCGUCCUCAUCUCAACAAUCAUGCUCGCCUCCUACAUUUGCGUCCGCUUAAAAUCCCAAGGACGUCGCAACUCCUUCCAUCUUGACACUCGCCGCGAAAAUGUAUCUAUAAAUCAAAAUAAUAUAAACGGCUCGGGCAUUCAGACUGAAUUACCCGGGCCGUUUAUCUUGGGCUUAGAAAAGCCCGAGAUAGAAUCCUACCCGAAGAUGUUACUUGGAGAGAGUAUGCGACUGCCGAAGCCGAAUGAAGGCCCGUGUUCGAUCUGUUUGAAUGAUUAUCUUCCGAAAGAAAUGAUCCGGUGUGUGCCGGAUUGUCAGCAUUGUUUUCAUGCGGAGUGUGUUGAUGAGUGGCUUCGGAUGAGUGCUACGUGUCCGCUGUGCCGGAACUCGCCUGCUCCGUCGCCCGUGGCUACGCCUUUGUCGGAGCUUGUUCCUCUGGCUUUUCAUGCUAGGUGAUUUUUAGUUUUGUAAUUUUUGUUAGUUCAAAAUUACUAGUUGAUAUUAAUAUAAUUUUAUAUUUUUCAUCAUUUUUAAAGUGUAAAAUAAAAAAAAAUAAAAAAAAAAAAGAGAUUUUGUUGUAUAGAACAGAGGAAGUUAAAAAAAAUAUUGUACAGGUAGUAUUAUAGAUUUGUUAGGAUCUAGCGUUACUGCAAAUGCAGAGAGGUGGUAUUGAUAUUGAAGGUACUGUGUCACAAAUUCAAUAUUGCA